UUUCGUCGUUAGCGGCGGAGGAGGAGAGACGGGAUUGUUGUCGAAGCAGCCGCCCGGUGACUGGUGGGCGGCGGAGCCGGGGCCCCGGCUUCCAGGUGGGCAAGGGUCCUGGGUGAUCACUGAACCGAGGUUGGUUCGGUCCUCUCGGUUUCCGGCGCCUGAGGAGUUGUCACCGGCCGGAGAGAGGGGAGGAAGGUCCCCGGGGAAGGAGAUUUCGGGCAGAUGAUGGCGACGCCCGGCCACAUAAGAAAGCCACGUUUUGAUGUGUCGUUAGUACGUCUAACUCAGCAAUUUAUGGAACUUGUAAGGAAGACUUCUGAUGGAGUUCUUGACAUUAACGAUGUGGCAAGGAUGCUUGGAGUACGAAAGAGAAGGGUUUAUGAUAUCACCAAUGUACUGGCUGGCAUUCACCUUGUGAGAAAAAAAUCCAAAAACUUAAUUGAAUGGAUAGGCAAAAAUCCACAAGAAAGACUGGGAUAUGAUGCUCAGUCUCGAAAACUGAAAAAAGAACUUGCAGACCUAACGACAGUAGAGGAUUCUUUAGAUGAAUUAAUCAAAGACUGUGCUCAUCAGUUAUACAAGUUAACAGAAGACAAAGAAAAUGCAAGACUAGCGUAUGUAACUUACAAGGACAUACACAGCCUUCAAGCCUUCAAAGAACAGAUUGUAAUCGCAAUCAAAGCUCCCCAAGAAACCAAGCUGGAAGUACCCAUUCCUAAAGAGGAAACAAUCCAAGUUUAUAUAAAGAGUACUGAAGGACCAAUUGAUGUCUUUGUGUGUGAGAUGCAGGAAGAACAUUGUCCUCCUAAAAAGUGCACAGAUGACACAUCCAGCAAGAAUAAAAAUAUCUCUUCAACAGAUGAGGCAGUGACAUUACCACCCGAUAAAGAGGAAAGACUUCCAGAAUGAUGUAUAUAGUAAUGUAGUACUGGGACUAUCAAGUAACUUGUACUAAAGACCAGAACAUUUUCCAUUGUUGAUCACUGAUCCAACUACCUGCAGAAGAGCCAGAAGAAAAGGAAUGGUGUCCUGUGAGGCCAUGCACUCUGCAUGUCUUGACAAAUUAUGUACAAGCAGUUGCAAUCCACUCUGAUUGUAUGUUACCAAGAAAUACCAAAUGAUUUUCCACAAAGAAAAAUAUCAUCGUGUCAUUUGGCAGUGACUUGGUAGAUCAGUUCAGGUGUAGUUUUGGAAAAGCGUGAAUUGCCAAUUUAAGAUUAGCUUUUGUAAAUAUUUUAAUGGUUGAAAAUGCAUCAUGAAAAUGUCAAUAAAUUUGCAGAAUAUUACCUGUGAAUGUAUAUAGUAAAAUUGUUUUUAUUUGCUGUAACAUCUUCAGGGUGAACAUUUGAUUUAAAAGUUGAUGCCUCAAAAACAUUUUUUCACGACUGUAUACAGGAAGUGUUAUCCCAUAUAAUCUAUUAACUGCAGACAGUUUGUUACACGGUAAAAUUUGCGUCCCAUUCAUUCAAGGAUUAAAAGUAGAAUGCUUGAAGAACUUGGCGAGUCAAGCAACAUGUAUGGAAAUAAAAGGUGUAAGAAGGCAUUUCAGCUCGAGUCAAGACCCUGCAUCAGUCCUCGUAUAGGGUCUCAUCUCAAAAUGUCAACUUGCAUUUUUUUUGUCCCCACAGAUGCUGCUUCACCUACUGAAUUCUUCCAGCAUUUUUUUUUGUUCCAAAUUCCAGCAUCUGUUGUCACUUUUGUCUUCAUUCCAGGAUUAGUUUGUUUUAAACCCCAAAUUAAAUCUGUUUUCAUCCCACCCCCACACACCGACAAACCAGUGAUAACUCUACUGCAAAAGAAAUUUUUUCAAUCACUAUUACAGUUUUAAAAGUUUUUAUUAAAAUACAUUAAAGCUUUCACCUACUAUGGAAGUCUUAAAAGUUAUUGUAAUAACUUUGUAUCUCCAUAUAAAAAAAAUGAUAUUGAAAUGCUUUUCUCAGAAAUAUUUAUCCUGUAUUUGUCCAACAUUGCCAAAACAUCAUCUUCGAAUGUUGUUACUAAAUAAAUUUUCCUUGGAAGGUUAAUUGGUGCUUACAUUAAACCACCAUGUUUCUACACGCAUUUUAUUCAAACACUAAGGAUCAACGUUCAAGCAUUAUGUAAUUCAGCAUUGGCUACGACCACUUCCAGGCCGUGUUUUGGGACAAUGGCAUGCUUUUACAUUGACUGGUGAAAUGUUGCCUUUUCUUCACUCCAGCCAUUUCUGGUUGAAGUCUGAAGUGUAGUAAUCAUUUCUAAUGGACUUUCAUUUAACCACCACAACCAGCGUCAGUGUAAUAUAGUUUGAUCAGACUAUGUCACAUCUGUACAUUUUUUUUCUAAUAUGUGAUUUUGUAUGUUUAAGCUGUCAUGAGUAACAAGGGGGAAUCAGAUAAGAUUAUCUUAAUAUGUGUAUUAUACUUUCUAUCCCAUUUGACAUAGGAAUGGGAGGAUCCCCACCCUUGCUUUUGAUUUUUACCCAUAGAGAAAACAGAAUUUUUAAAGUUUUAGUUACAGCGUGGUAACAGGGCCUUCCGGCCCAACGAGUCCGUGCCGCCUAUUUUAAACCCCAAAUUAACCUACCCAUACGUCUUUGAAAUGUGGGAGGAAACCGGAGCACCCGGUGGAAACCCACGCAGACAUGGGAGAAUGUACAAACUCCUUACAGACAGCGACGGGAAUCGAGCACCGAUCACUGGCGCUGUAAUAGCGUCGCACUAACCGCUACGCUACCGUGCCGCAAAUCAUGACAUAAUCAUUAUGACACAAAUCAUUUCAAUCUUCUCCACACUAAUUUAUUAAUACUUUCUCCUUCACUGAUGAAAGUAUUGUGUUACUCGAUUGCUAAUUGAGAAUUGUGAUUUGUUUCUUGAUGAGAUGAAUUGUGAAAGGAUAAACAUUGUGGUUCUAUCUCAGCAGCCUUUACAUUGUAACACUAUCUUUUAUUUAUACUGUGUUGUCUUUUGCAGAUAUUAAAUUGUGUUGUGAUUAUAAAUGACAGAAUUGCUCCUCAGAUUACAGAAGGUGAAGUUACAAUGAUCCACAUAAAACCUCAACAUAUAUUUUUGUCUAAUGUUUUACACCUUAUUCCUUAAAUUUAACUAGUUGCAGGUUAAUUUACCUAAGUGCGUUCAUUUUUGGAUUUGAAGUUGUUACCCAUCUGCUGUUAGCUGAAGCAGUUAUAAUUUAAUACCUUUUGAUGUCCACUUGUGUGCUAUGUGAAUAUGAUUAGUGUGUUUUUUAAAUUUCUCCGCUAUAAUAAAAUCAUGAACUUGGU